AUGACAGAUCUACCUCUGGUGAAACUUUGCUGGGAGAAACUAGGAUUCAAUAUCGUGGCAUAUCUUAUUCUUCUGCCCGUAGUCUUUGGACUGGGAAUUGUUCUAGGGUUUACUAGUCUGUCAUUCUUUGAGACCCCUGGAUUUAUUUCGGGACAGCAUCUACAGACCCCCAUACCCAACGAGAUCUUUAAGCAGCGAUUGAAAAUACCGUUUGUGCCAGACGACAAAUACUAUGGCAGUGGCGAUGCCGCCAAUAAUGCCUGGAAAGACAUCACGAGCGGAGGUGAUUCCAUCUGGCUGAAAAAUCCAUCAGAUUAUGGCUUACCCAAAGGUAUUUCUGAUCCUUUGAAUACGGAUAACACGGAUGAGCGGUUCUAUGUCUUGUCAAAUCUCCACCAACUUCAUUGUGUCAAUGUUGUUCGAAAACGUUUUCGCCACUAUGAGUCUCACAUUGGACAACCCGUCAACGAAUCAGAGGCGAUUUUUGCAGCCUGGACAGAGCAUACUGACCACUGCUUUGAAUAUCUCCGGCUUUCUAUUACAUGUGGAGACUUCUUAGUUUUAGAACCUGCCAGUCCACCGGGGACAUCGCCAGAGCUGACAGCUGGCGGUCUGGGAUGGGGGGUAGUUCAUGAGUGUAUUGACUUUGACGCGUUACGGAAAUGGCAGGCUGCCAAGAGGCAGGAAUCUAAAGAGUCAAUACUUUAG